AUGGAUAUCACAGCUGUCACCUUCCCCGAUUGUUUCCCCUCCAUCCUCAACGAUAUCUCCACCAGCUGCUUCGUGUCCGUAGACUUCGAGCUCUCUGGUGUGGUUUUCAAACCAAGUACCCCACAAUCUCAGGCCCAGACUGUGCAGGAACGAUAUGUGGAAGCCAAGGCGGCCGCAGAGCGGUACCAGAUUCUCCAAGUUGGGCUGACAACUUGUCAUGAAGACAAGGAAAAUGCUACCUACACCCUGAAACCAUACAACAUAAAUCUGAGUCCAAUCACUCAGCAUGAGAUGGAUGUGAAUCGGGACUGGACAUUCGGAAGCCGCUCAAUGGAAUUCUUGCUUGCGAACCACUUCAGCAUUGACCACAUGUGCACCUUCGGUGUCCGAUACCUGUCUCGAGAGGAAGAAAAGCUGGCAAUCAAAAGAGCUACAGAGAAAUGUUACUCGCGGAAUCCCGUCCAAGUUGCGGAUAUUAAAAAAGACGAUCAUGAAUCUCUGGAGUUCCUUGAAGCCGUUCGGAUCAGUGUCAAUGAGUGGCUGGCCCAGGGCGAGAAACGCCGUGAGUGGCUCAACAUCCCGCCACCCAGCAGUGUGCAGCUUAUUCCAGGCCCCAUACCUACCGGGUUGACCAGCAUGCAGAAAUGGCUGAUACACCACCUUAUCAGCAACGAAUACCCCAACUUAACGUCGCGGGGUGCGUCAACGUUCGUCCAGAUCGAAUUGCGGGACCCGUGCAAUGAGCAAUCCACCUUCGAAACGAAAUUGAAGGUCAAAAAGGAACGAGUCCGGAAGCAUAUCGGGUUCCGCUGGAUCGCUGAAGCACUUGUUGGUGGAAGCCUGGAAGAACUCGAACCAGACGCUUUCCAACCUCUGAUGAAGAUAAUCGAGCAGCCGACGUUCGAGAUCGAGCAGUUGUCAGACAAAGUGAAGCACCGGCUUAAGGAGAACAGACCGGUUCUAGUCGGCCACAACAUGUUCUGUGAUUUGCUCUUCUUCCACAGAUGCUUCCUGGGUCCGUUGCCGAAUACCCUCGCCGAGUUCCAGACCGUCAUCCACGAUCUAUUCCCCAUGCUAGCCGAUACCAAGUACAUGGCCACCCAUGACUGCGGCUCUCUAAACCCAAUGUCUUCGCUCGAAGAGCUCAACACAACUUUAGCUGGAAUAGAAAGCCCCAAGAUAGAGAUCGACCCUCGCUUUGCGAAGUACAAGUUCCGUAAGCGCACCCACGAGGCAGGAUACGAUAGCAUGCUUGCCGCCAUGGCCUUCAUCAAACUGGCAGGCGAUAUACAGCGCAGCCCUUCACAGCCGACCGUCAAACCCGGACCACAGACGAACACGGCACCCAGUUUGGUUGCCAGUAUCAUGGCACAGCCUAGCAAUAGUCAGAAUUAUCCUAAAAGUGAAUUCAGCAACUUUUUUGAUGUUGACACUGAGACCAUUCCGACGAUUCAACCAUCUCAGAUUGCUCGAGCGGGCACAUCCCUAGCCGACACUGGUUCCGGGCGUAUCACUCGCUUGGUCAACCAGGGUAAAUUACUGCCCCGUCUCGGAGAUACCUUCUGGCAUACCUACGGGAACAUACUGCGGGUGUUUGGUACACAGGAGAGGAUGGUACAACUAAGAAGGGAACCACCAAAGCAGGAAGAGCUGCUGGUGGAGGUUUGA